UCAUUAAGUGUUAUGAAAUGCAAUUGCUUGUUAGAAAAUGGAUUAAAUUAUAAAAUAAGGUUUAUUCGAUUCUUUUAUCUAACUUUUGACAUGAAAGGAAGAUGUUUUUUAGUGGAACUUUCGAUAUCAAAAGAAGGAAUAAGCAUUGAGAUGGUCUUUAACUCAAAGAAGGCAUAGGCGUUAUUGUUUUAAAUGGAUUUCUAACUUUCCAAUUGUGUUUUUUGAGUUUUUAAACUUCUAUUGAGAUGAAAAAACGUUAUUUAAAUAAAAUUAAGUUUAUUAUUUAAUUAGUUAUGGACGCAUUUCUUCAUUUUUAAAAUUGAAGUAAAUUUAAUUGAUACAAAGUUUGAAAGUCGAUCGUUGUUUAAUUUUUUGUUAGAUAUAUGAUUAAAUUAAACUUUAUUCAUCAGUUUAAACUUUUUGUUUAAUUGGGAUUUAAAAUAGUAUUACAUUCUAUAAAUUCAUGUUUAAGUCCUAUUUACAUAUUUGAUAGUUGAAAGAGAAGGGACUUAGGGGAAGUGACAAACUCGAUCUUCACUAAGGGGCAGAUAUAGCCAUCUCCUCAACAAACUCCCAACCUCAAAGGAUAAGGUCAAAUUGCAUCUUCUUUGGAAUAUCAAACAUCAUCGAGUAACAGUGGUUCUAAAUGACAACAACAAAUUUAGAGCAUUAGAGAAUCUACGAAAGGAAAAGCAAAGUAGAAUAGUUCGUGUUCAUAUAAACGAUAACAUAGAGGGAACCAAUCUUCUCUAAAACUUUCUCAUUUGUUUUCAGUACCAAAUAACACGAAGCUCUGUUUCAAGAGAAUUACAUGAAUCACAAAUUUUUCUGUGAUAAAAGAUUUGCUCAGCUUGUACGAAUGACUCCAACACUAGCAUGAGCUACAAUAAGUUUUUCAUCUUUGAGGAGAUGCUUAUAUUUCACAAUAUAUAGAGUAUAGCCAUUUCCAAUCAAAUAAUGGUCGACAACUUGGUUUAAUCAAGAUCCUGGACAAAAGAGAAUUUUGAACAAGCUCUAGAGGAACCCAUUGAUCGAUCUACAUAUAAAUAUCAAUAGUGUUGAAACCUAGUACGGUAAGAAGUUUGAAUUUCCUAUAAAAUUUGCGUCGAACCUGAACAAAGAAAAAUGGGGAAACCGCCGAUUUCGCCGGAGAAUCGGCCGCCUCUUCACCGGAGCGAUGCCGACGACGAAGACGAGAACGUCAAGCAGCUCAAUGAAUGCUCAUCCUUCUACUUAUCGUUACAGGAUUGUCUUAUCAAAACUAACAGGAACUGGAAAUCUUGCCAGGCUGAAGUUCAAGCUUUGAAGUCUUGCAGUGAGAGAAGGAAAUCUGGCCAACGCAAGUGAAGAUUAUUCUGCAAAGCAACAGGUUGAGAGUUCGGUUCAGUGGGUAGAUCUGAGAAAUCAAUUCUCGAAGAAGCAGUCUCCAGACCAGUGCUGGAAGGAUUAUCAGCACCUGACUAAAUCAACCACGCAAACAAGGGAGGAACAAGGCUUACAAGCUAAUGAAUUGAUAAGAGAUGAGAAAGCUAAGCAUUGAAUCAUCAAUUUUCAGUUCAAAAUAUAGGUUUAUAUCAAGGGGAUAACAGAGAUAAAAUAACAAAAUGUGUCUUUCUUUUUUGGUUCAAUAUCAUCCUGCAUUUUGCUGUUGAAAAUUAUAUCAUCAUCACAUUCAAGAGCACGAAAAAUGUAGCCGAAAUAAUUUUUGUAAAUUUCAUACAUUAGACAAGCCUUUGAUUUGAACAACAAUGAUCGUUAUAUCAUCGGUUCGAUUUUCAUGUUCCAUCCAUAAUUUGUACGACUCGGCAGCAAUGGCAGUGCAAGCAUCUUGAGGAUCUGCAUAGCUUGAUGCCUGUAUAGAUGGAAAGAAAAAACAUUAGACAUUGU